GUUCACUCGUGAGCGCUCCGAAAUGUGAACGACCAGGAAGCAGUCGCUCACUUGUUCAGUUCAGUUCAUUAAACAUUCACUUAAUGGACAAACCCAACACUAGCGCCUAGCAGCAGUUGUUGGGCGAGUGGCAAAGGCAAGAGCAAGAGAAGCAAGAGCAAAUGCAAAAGCAAAAGUGAAUUAAGCAAAGCGGAGAAGCAAUAUGCAAAAUUAAAAGUGCGGUGCAUACGCACACGUUGUUUGCUUUCUUGGAUUAAAACGUUAUACGUGUACGGACGCAAUGAAAAGCAUAUCCUCCGUUGGAAUCGCAUAUCCAUAACACACACAUACACACAACCAAGCCUACCAACACCAACACACACAAAGUCACUUAUCAAAUCCAAGUGUGAUUCAAUACCGGAGCUUGGAGUUUCGAGUUUUUUUUUUUUUGGUUUUGGUAUUGCGGAAAGUAAAAGUGGCCGCUGCCAACAACUAACCUGUGUGUGUAUGUAAGUGUGUAUUUGUAUUUAAAUUCAUGUUUCGGUUACGACGUUAUUGUUGUGGUGUGUGUGUGCGCGCGAAUGUUUGAGUGCAAAAGAAGUUGCAAAAAAUACACAAAAGUUACGCAAAUUCACAGCAACAGCAAAAUUGUGUAAAAUAACAACAACAACCGCAACAACAGUGCCGUGUCUCUGUCUGUGUCUGUUUGUCUGAGUGUGCACUCGUGAGAGUGUGUGUGUGUAGUGUGAGCGGACGCAGCGCGUCGCGAACCGGCAGCGCAGCGCAGCAGAGAAAUGAGCGAGAACAACGGCAGCAGCAGCAACAACACCACCAUCACAGCCGCCAAUGGACCGCGUGUUGUUACCAUCUACAAGACGGAAACUGGAUUCGGUUUCAAUGUGCGCGGACAGGUGUCCGAAGGCGGCCAACUGCGAUCCAUCAAUGGCGAACUUUAUGCCCCCCUGCAGCAUGUCAGUGCAGUGCUGGAGAACGGCGCCGCCGAGAAGGCGGGGAUCAAGAAAGGCGAUCGCAUACUCGAGGUCAAUGGCGUCAGCGUGGAGGGCGCCACACACAAACAGGUGGUGGAUCUGAUUAAAUCUGGUGGCGAUUGCUUGACCCUAACGGUCAUAUCAGUGACACAACAGGAGGCCGAUAGACUGGAGCCGCAGGAGGAUCAAAGCGGCUACUCCUACAUUGAUUACUCCGACAAGCGUUCCUUGCCCAUUAGCAUACCCGACUACAGCAUCGUGAAUCGGAAUGGCGAACGCUACAUUGUCUUCAACAUACACAUGGCCGGGCGGCAGUUGUGCUCGCGUCGAUAUCGGGAGUUUGCCAAUCUGCAUUCGAUGCUGCGCAAAGAGUUCAGCGGCUUCACAUUCCCCAAACUGCCGGGCAAAUGGCCAUUUCAGCUGAGCGAACAGCAGCUGGACACACGUCGCCGCGGCCUCGAACAGUAUUUGGAGAAGGUUUGCGCUGUCCGGGUGAUUGCCGAGAGCGAUGCUGUGCAGGACUUUUUGACUGACACCGAGGAUGAUAUCUCCGCAUCGCCGGUGGACAUUAAGGUGAUGCUGCCCGAUCACGAGGUCACCAGCGUUUCGGUGAAGAAAUCAUCAAAUGCUCAGGUCGUAUGGGAGAUUUUGGUGCAGCGCGCCAAUCUCACCGCCUAUACGCAACAAUAUUUCUAUCUCUUUGAGAUUGUUGAAUACAAUUUUGAGCGUAAAUUGCAACCACACGAGAUUCCCCAUCAACUCUAUGUGCAGAACUACAGCACCGCCUCAUCGACAUGCCUCUGUGUGCGACGCUGGCUCUUCUCGGUCCCCAAGGAGCUGACGCUACCAGAUGGCGAGCAGGCAUCGCGUUUCAUCUUCUAUCAGGCUGUCGAUGAGGUCAAUCGUGGCAAUAUACGUGCCGAUGGUCGGCUCUAUGAGUUAAAGGCUCUGCAGGAUGCCAAGAAGGCCAACGAUUAUUUGGCCCUGGCACGCACACUGCCCGGAUACGGUGAUGUCGUCUUUCCACACUGCUCCUGUGAUAGUCGCAAGGAGGGACAUGUUGUACCCGCCGUUGGAAUGAAGAGCUUUCGUCUGCACGCUUGCCGCGAGGAUGGCUCGCUGGAGGCGCAAAUGGUCGAGCUGACAUGGGACAGCAUAACGCGUUCGGAGAGCGACGAGGAGUCCAUGUCAUUCUGCUUUCAGUACAAUCGUCCAGAUAAGCCAGCACGUUGGGUCAAAGUCUACACGCCAUAUCACGCAUUCCUUGCGGACUGCUUUGAUCGCAUCAUGGAGGAGCGCAAAUGGGAGGAUAGUGGCGAUUAAGAGGCAACUAAGCAAGGCGAUGCAAGCAGGAGGAGGAGGAGGAGGAGAAGAACGUGGAGGAGGACGAGGAGGAGGCUCAUCAAGCGCAUUGAUUAAUUCGAUAAAGCAACUCAAUC